AUGGUCGCUGAAGACCACUUCUUACUUGGCACGUUCGGCACCAACACAGAUGGAGGUCAGUCUCUGACUAGCAUCCCAGAGCGAUGGGAAAAUUCCUUUGAGAACAACCUGAAGCUUGCCAAGUUGCUAGAUGACGCCGGCAUUGAUUUCAUGCUCCCUAUUGCUCGCUGGAUAGGUUUUGGACCUACCAACUGUCACGGUAACGUGCUUGAGACUAUGACUUGGGCUGCCGGCCUAUUGGCCCAGACCAAGAGGCUCAAUGUCAUCGCCACCAUUCACACAGCGGCCUAUAACCCGGUAGUUGCAGCCAAGCAAAUAGCCACCAUAGACCAGAUCAGCCACAGCCGCAUUGGCCUCAACAUCGUGGCCGGCUGGAACCGACCUGAGUACGAAGCUCUCGGCCUCGAGCUGCCGGCUAGCCACGAGGAGCGCUAUGCUUAUGCACAAGAGUGGUAUGAUAUUGUCGGCAAACUCUGGACCCUGCCUGGCGCAUUCGACCACGAUGGCACAUUUUGGAAGCUGAAGAAUAUCUCGGCACUUCCAAAGCCAAUGCGCCAGCCGUUGAUCAUCAAUGCUGCAGGCUCCGGUGAAGGACGCAAUUUCGCCGUCCGCAAUGCCCACUUUCUCUUCACGCCUACCAUAGAGCUCGAGAAGUCCAAAAAGGAGAUUGCCGAUCUGAAGGCUCUGGCCCAGCAAGCCGGAACUGAAGUCCGUGUCCUCACCAUGGCUCAUGUGGUUUGCCGUCCCACUGAGCAGGAAGCGCAGGACUACGUCACUUACUACGGAAGAGAGAACGUGGAUUGGCAGGCUGUCGAUGCAUGGAUAGAUCUCCAGCUGGCGCACGCCAAAUCGUUCCCGGACGGCGUCCUAAAGUCCAUACGCGACAGGGUGGCCGCAUUUCACGGCGGCUAUCCGCUCGUGGGAACGCCGCGACAAGUGGCAGAUGGCUUCCUGGCGUUGCACGAAGCAGGCUUUAGCGGUUGUACUUUGGCCUUUAUGGACUAUAUAAAGGAGUUUCCUUAUUUCAGAGACAACGUGCUUCCACUCUUGGAGGAAGCGGGGAUCCGUAGGAAGGCAUCUGGUCUAGUUUGA